AUGCUCGAGAUCAAGCUCUGCAAAUGUGACAAAACUGAGCCUCCUCUCGUUCGGUCCAGAAUACCCAUCAUUGGGCACCUGCUCGGAUUGGGCAGAUUUGGUGUCUCAUACUAUAAACAACUAAGGCAUGAUUUCACUUCCUGGUCGGAGACUACCAAGUUGCCAAUCCUGACCAUAGGACUCGCAUCUCAGAAGCUCUACAUUGUCAACUCUCCUACUCUCAUUUCACAAAUCAACCGCCGUCAAAAGGUAAUCGAUGGUGGCCCACCAUUCCUGGAAAUCGUCUUCGGGAAGCUCUUCGCCUUCAGUUCCGAUGACAUGAUGGCCCUGUCCAAGGAUUCCCCAGGCAAUGGAACUCUACGAGGCGACACGCAAGCACUCGAGCAUAGUCUCCUAGCGCGUGGGAUGGGUUCCCUCGAUGAAAUAUUUGAUGGAAUCAUUACCGCUGCUGCGUACCAGCUGCCAAACUUGCCUGAUGAUGGCCAAAGAACUAUAGAACUUGGCGCUUGGCUACAAGAGGCUUUGCCCAUGUCCACUGCAAUCGGGCUCUUUGGGCCAGAUAACCCAUUUUCCCACGAUCCAAGCUUGUUACAAAGUUUCUGGGAAUUCGAAGGCGGCCUCAAGGCUCUGACCAUGGGUCUCUUUCCAUCCUUGACAGCCUCUGGCCCAAUGCGAGCGCGCCGCCGUCUGGUCGAAGCCUUCAAAAGCUAUGUUGGUACCAACAAAAAUUACACCGCCACGGGCCAGAUGCCGUGCCAGCUGGUCCAUGGGCUUGGUGAGGUGGCCAAGCGCCACGACCGGGACGACGCGUACUUGUCUCGCUAUCUAUUCGCGUCAUUCUCUGCUUUCACCAUCAAUACAGUACCGGUAACCUUCUGGUGCAUAGGACACAUUGCCAUAGAUCAAGCACUAUUAUCCGAGAUCCGGAAUGAACUGAACGCAGCUCUGGCUUCCAGUUCGUGGGAGCAUUCUGUCGAGACGGGCACUGGACCUCGAGAUAUUUGGAUCAGCAUCUCUGCUUUGCGCGAGCAUUGUCCAGUCCUAGUGUCGACUCUGAACGAGGUCCUGCGAUAUGUCUCGUCUUCGACAGGCACUAUGAUGGUGCACGAAGACACGUGGAUCAAUGACCAAUAUUGGCUCAAGAAGGGAGCACUUGUUCAAAUGGCAGCAUACGCUAUUCAUUCAGACACGAAAAAUUGGGGCCAAAACGCACCCGAGUUUGUUCCAAGGCGGUUCCUCGAGACUGCAGACGAACCAGCCCACCCAUCUGCUUUCCGCACGUUUGGGGGAGGUAACACGUUAUGCCCUGGGCGUCAUCUAGCCUGCGAUGAGAUAUUAGCAUUUACCGCCAUGUUCUUAUACUCCUUUGACAUUGCGACCGCCCCGGAGACUCCAAAGCUUCCCCAGAGGAAUGACACCAAUAUGCUAAGUGUGCUCAAGCCAAAAGGGCCUUUCAAACUUGUCAUAUCAAAACGAUCCAAGGCUUUGCGCGUUGCUGCACGUAGAACAGUUUAA